AUGGCUGACUUGCCUAGCUGGGACAACAGGCCUCAAGUCGAUUCGGCUGCACUCCUAGCAGUCGUUUUGAAUCUGGUGGCAAAGUUCCCAGAGACAAGCCGUUUGACAGGGCUGACUGAGUUGCACGCCCGAGUGCGCCGAUGUCCGGUGGAGUUUCCAAAGCCAAGCCUGCCAGUUCCGAUGCUUCCUUGCGUCGAAGUUGGCUGCGCGAGAUGCUUAGGGCUCACAGGCGGCUACUCCUACCGCUGGCGCCACAUUGCCUGGGUGAAGCCGUACGAUGAAGCUCGUAGAACUGGAAGCGUACCAUUGGAAAUGGUGCCAGGUGUUGUGACAGGGUCGUAUGAAUUGCUGCUCACAGCAAUCAAAUUCGACAGGGACGUAGGAGACUGUCCAGUCCCCCGAAGCCUUCCCACCAGAUCGGAAUUGAUGGACAAAGAUGAAUCCACCAGGGCUGCCUUAUCUGCAAUGCCCUUGGAGGCAUACCAUGCUUUGGAUCGGGAUUUGUCUGGUUCAGACGCAGAAGAGGAAGCCAGGUGGUUAGCAGGCCACGACUGAAGGAUCGUCAGCUGGAUGAAGUGCUUCACCACCUACAUUUCAAAUUUUUGAACUUGAUGGAAUGGUGAGAAGUUGGUUUUAAAGGUCGACAACGACCGACAGAAGUUUUUGGAUGAAAGGUACAGUGUGAAAAG